UUAACCAGGCCUUUGCUUUUUGCUCCUUUGCAUGAAACCUGAGCAGUUCCUGGUACAGGUCAGCAUACUGCAAGGCUGACAAGGCCUUCUAAACUGGUUCACUACAGGCCCUGCAAGGCCUUCUGAUUAGGCUCACUCUUCUUGUCCUGGGAAGUCUUACUGAAGUGGCUCACUGAUCCUGUCCUGGAAAGGCUUCCUUUUCAGGCCUACUCACCCUCAUCUGGCCUGGCCAGGCCUCUGAUAGAAGCUAACUGACUGUAUGGCUACCAAGGCCUCCUGAACGGUUUCACACGCCUUUGGCCUGGCAAGGCUUCAUGAUCUGGCUCAACCCCAGCCUGGCAGGAGUGUGUGAUAAGGCCCCCUACCCCCUCCCAACGAGGAAAGGCUUCCUGAACAGAGUCUUUGACCCAGCUCUAGCCCUGCAGCUCCUGUAGAGAGAAGCCAUCCUUCUGUAGAAUGGAGACUUGGAAUAUAUCUGUUUAUUAACCGUUUGCUGAUUGAGGAAUAUACCCUACCUGUAUUGCAGUGCACUGCUGAUCUCUGCAGAAGAAAUGCCAAUUGUUUGACUUCGAAAUACCCCCUGAUUGCCGUGUUCUUUGCCUCUGCUUCGAUCCUUCUUGCUGUGUAAUUCGGAGCUUCGUACAGGCCUGUGAAUGUUGCUCUGUCUCUGCUGUUGGCUUCCUGUGCAGCCUAGUGCAUUGUUUGUUCCCAAGUGGUGACUGGGUGUAGUUCAUCAUGGGCGAUAUGAAAACCCCUGACUUUGACGAUCUCCUGGCCGCAUUUGACAUUCCCGACAUGGAUGCGAAUGAAGCCAUUAACUCUGGGCCUGAGGAGGAGGAGGAGGGAGAGGAAGAAGAGAAGCCAUCAGUAGGAGAUGUAGUGAGCAGUGAACAUGGUUUACCACAUGCAGAUAUCACGGCUGUUAGUGUCAUAGUAAAGAACACUGUGUGCCCAGAGCAAGUGGACCCACUGGAUGUACACAGCAAGGAAAUUACAGGCCUUGGAGCUCGGCUAUUGCAUAAUGGGUUCAGUAGUCCAGACAUCAUCCGAUCCUCUGCACCAAGGUCUGUAGAAUCUGUCCCCACUGCUUCCAAUGGAGGGGAGAGCUGGACCCCCCGGCCAAAAGGUGUUAAGCCUAUAGAAUUAUUUACUGACUUUAGUACAGUGGACAAUCCUAUAGAUAGCCACGCAGCGGACUUAAUUGACAGACCACGAGAAAUUAAGCCAAAGGACAGGCCAAUAUUUGAGUCGCCUGAUCCUGUUCUGUGUCGCUCUCCUGUGGAUCCUGUGUUGGAAAGCAGCCACAGUCUUACCAGGGUGGCCCCUCCAGCUUUUUCCAUCAGUAAGAUCACUGCAGAUAAUUCAUCACUAGGACGGUGUUUGGCAGCUCCCCCAAUCAAGGAGGAGCCUAUAGAUGAGAGGAUGGAGAGUCCAUGUCCUCAGUUGGAUGUUGCUCCAAAGGACAUUGGUUUGGAACAUUUGAAAUCAGUCACUGUUCACUACCCUAAAGACACCCCACCUGUCCCUACUUGGACAGGCCCAAUUACAAAAUCAGAGAGUGGCACUAACAACAUCCCUGAAAAAAAGAGUCCUCAAAACUACUCAGAGGAUGGAUUUCUCAAAACUCCAGGGGACCCUGAACCAGCUGUGGAUCUCCAAGGUGCCUCACCAGAGCUUAAAAGAAACCCAGUAACUACAGCGGUUGGAGUAAAGGAGGAGCCAUGCUGGAGCCCAAGGAGUCUAUCCAGUGAUGUUGAGGAUGAAGAUGGCAUCAGUUCUCCAUCUUCAAACUCUUCCAGACCACUGAAAGUUCGCAUCAAGACAGUAAAGACCCAGUCAGGAAGUAUCACCAGAACAGUCACAAGGGUAUCUUCUGAUUCAGAUACAGUAUCUUCAAUGCAAAUUACAGAGGAAACCCCCCAAGAGCCAGUCUCUGAGCCCCCUCAGGAGAAAGGCGUAGAUGCAAAAGAAGAUGUCACGCAAACCCCUGUGAAUGAGAAAUCAGACUCUUCUGGUCCUGCCAAGGUGGAACCUUCACAGAUUCUCAAAGUGCAGUUAGGAAAUGGGGUAAAACUGAAAGGAUCAGUGCUGCCAGUGUCCACCAUUCAGAAUGCAAGCAGUGUAAUGCUAAUGGCUGCUAGUGUAGCACAGCAGAAAGCAGUGGUCAUGCCUUCUAAGGCUAGCAAAGUUAUGACCAAGAACAUCAUUCACCUGGUGCAGCAGCCACUUCCAAACGCAGCGUCUCUGACUAAUAUCAGUGCUGGAAGCCAAGUGUCUUCCACCACCACAGUCACCACCACAGCAAGCCCCCAGCGUAAUGCUACUGUGCUGAUGGUACAGUCACAGAAGCCAACCCCUGCUGUAGCUGGGACAGUCAUCUCCCGGACACAAUCGAGCCUAGUAGAAACUUUUAACAAGAUCCUUAACAGCAAGAACCUACUUCCAACUUACAAACCGAACCUCAGCCCGCCAGUCGAAUCAAGCCUGAGCCUUCCAGUCUUUGGCUUCCGCUGCUUGGAGUGUGGGGACUCUUUUGCCUUGGAGAAAAGCUUGGCCAGACACUACGAUAGGCGGAGCAUGAGGAUUGAGGUGACCUGUAACCAUUGUACCAAGCGCCUUGUGUUCUUUAACAAGUGCAGUUUACUCCUCCAUGCCCGCAAACACAAGGACAAUGGACUAGUCAUGCAAUGCUCACACCUGGUAAUGAGGCCUAUAGCCUUGGAGCAGAUGAUCGGGCAACCCGAUGUCACACCACUGGUUUCAGUUGCUGUCUUGACGCCAGGGAAGGCAGCUACCCCUGGCCCUGCUCCAGAAUCUGCGGCAACAGCUAGUGCCAGCAGUGACUCCCCAAAUCUCUCUGGGAACGGAAACUGUGACCAAGCAGUCUACUCCACUUUUAGAUGUUUAGAGUGCAAGGAGCAGUGUAAGAAUAAAGCUGGACUGGCUGUCCAUUUCCAGCAGCCUGGCUCAACCACCGCAUCCCGCAAUACCGUGUGCUCUCUUUGUCCCAUGAUGAUGCCUAAUCGGUGCAGCUUUGAAGCUCACCAGCGUAUGCACAAGCAGAGCCCCCCUCAUGUGUGCCCUGAAUGUGGAGGCAACUUCCGUAUUGAAAACUUCCAGACUCACCUGAAGGAAACCUGCCUUCACUUCUCUCGCAGGAUUGGUUACAGGUGUCAGAGCUGUGCUGUUGUUUUUGGAGGGCUGAAUUCCAUCAAGUCCCAUAUCCAGACAUCCCACUGUGAGGUUUUUCAUAAGUGCCCAAUAUGCCCCAUGGCAUUCAAAUCUGCACCCAGUGCUCAUGCCCACAUAUAUACCCAACAUCCAGGAUUCAGCAGUCAGCAAGCCAAGAUGAUCUAUAAAUGUGCAAUGUGUGACACUGUCUUUACCCACAAACCUUUACUCUGCGCCCAUCUGGACCAUUCGCACUUUGACCAACAGCUAGCUAAUCAGAGGGUCAGUGUGUUUAAGUGCCCAGAAUGCCCUCUACUCUUUGCACAGAAGCGCACCAUGCUGGAACAUCUGAAGACCACACACAAUAGCCACAUUAGAGAGGAUCCCCCUCAGGCCCCUGAGUUACUUAGUCCCAAGCCAGAGCCAAUGGAGGUCCCAGUGACAAAGCAGCCGGACACAGAGGCGGAACCAGAAGCGGAGCCAGAACCGGAGCCAGAACCAGAGAUAGAAGAAUCUUCAUCCUCUGACAUGCCUAGCUCACCUGAGGUGCGCAAGAAAACAAAGACAAAAGAAGCCCAAAAGGCAGAGGGACCACGACAGAGGAGUAACUGUUGGACUUGUGGCAUCUGCCAUUCGUGGUUCCCAGAGAGAGACGAAUAUGUAACUCAUAUGAAGAAGGAACAUGGAAAGUCUGUAAAGAAAUUUCCAUGCCGUCUUUGUGAACGAUCAUUUUGCUCAGCACCCAGUUUGCGCCGUCAUGUCCGGGUCAAUCACGAAGGCAUUAAACGAGUUUAUCCGUGCCGAUACUGUACUGAAGGGAAGCGUACAUUCAGCAGCCGCCUCAUUCUUGAAAAGCACAUCCAGGUCAGACACGGGAUCAAGGUCACAGACCAGACACGGAGUCAGGAAAUCCUGGUGUCUCGCAACGGAGGUAGAUUGCAGGCCUCAUCCAGAAAACGGAAGAUUUCUUCAGAUGAAUCUGGCAGCGAUGAGCCCAAAAAACCCAAACCAGCACCGCAAAAACAUAAGCGAUCCUUUCAAUGCAGAGCAUGCGGAUAUAAGACUAGCAGCCUGGCUGACUUCCGACAACAUAUACCCCAGCACUGCACCGACGAGAGCUCCCAUCAGUGUCGGGAGUGUGGGGUCUGCUUUACAUCUCAAGGCUCUCUCAAACGUCACCGCGUUAUGACACACAAAAUGAAGGGUGCACCGGCAGAGGACCCUGAGCCUCCACCUAAGGCUGGAGAGUCCUCAGAGGGUAGGCUGACCUGCCAGGUGUGCAACAAGGCUUUUGACAGCCAGCUGAAUCUGAACACUCAUUUCCGGACGCAUGGCAUGGCUUUCAUUAAACAGCGGCAGAGCGGUGGCACUGACAACUGAGUUAGGUUUAUUCAUCGCUUCUUCCAUCCUUAAGAAGGGGUUAGAGUUACACUUUAUUUCCAUGUCCGAGCAGUCCACAUCACACGGAGCCAGUUCUGAAGCUUUGUGUUUACACUGCUAGUAUGAGCAGAACUAGACUAUGGAUUUUCGGAACAUUUUAUGCGUUUCUACCCUGGUAGGAGACUGUCCGUUUCAUUAUAUCUUCAAAUCGAACGCCCAGAGGUGCCUUAUUACAGUUAAAGUAAAAAACCCCAUUCCUUCCCUGCCAAUUUAAAAUAUUAUGGCCUUUUAGUGUGCUGGGACUAAACAGAAAACAGACUUUUUGGUGGAUUAAAAAAAAAAAAAAAAAAAAAAGUCUGCACCUGUUCUGCAGUGUGGUGCAUGUUGCACAGGCCUAGAAUGUACACCACUUCAGUCUGAUCAGCAGCCUUUUAUCGAAUAAGGAGAAAACACUGUCAAGUAAGAAGAUUUUAAUAACAGGUUACAAUUUCCACUGGACAAAAAAAAAAAAAAUGGUUUGUAAAACAUUGCAGUAGAUUUCCAUACUGCAAUCACUACAUACACUUUAUAAAUAUGUAAAUUACAUUAUAAAUAUAUAUUUUUCUGCAAAGGAUUUUUUUGACAAGUAGACCAGGUUCACCUUUUUCUUUAUACGUUUGGUUUUGUACAGGGGUAAAACAAAGCUGUGAAGAAGUUCUUAAUUUAUGAACCGAUCUGUAAGACCUCCCCAUAAUGCCUAUUUACCUGCACCAACAAUGGCGAAAAAGGUCACUUACCCCUAAUAGGGCAGAUACUACUUUUUCCAGCUUCCAUCAGUCCAAGGUAUUUGUAAAUCAGAGAUGUGAAGACAGCUGUAGGACAUGGCUCAAUCUUUGAGAAAUACCAUUACACAGGCUUUAUUUGUGUGCAUAGUUAGAUACUGAACGUGUAUAAACUCACCCUGCAGGCUUCUGUGGAUAAGGGCACUAGCCAACACAUGGCCUAAAAACAGGGGGACGGUGAACAAAAAUAAAAGGUUAUUUGGUUUAUCUACUGGACCAGCAAGAGCAUUAUGUGAAUUGCUGUCCGUCUAACAGGUGACACCUACAUAACGUUAUUUCUUAGCUGGGCACUGCACCUUUUUACCUUUGCCAAAGUGGUAGAGAAUGCGUUAAAUUUUCUUUUUUAUACUCCAUGAAUCUGGAGUCACCUGGAGGCUCCUCGUGUUCAAAGCACACCAGUGUACAUAACCCUACUAUGCAUCCAUCAGAGUUCAAUGCCCAGGCAGGAUAUCAGAGACUGUUUGAAGUAGCAUAGAUCAUAGCAGAGAGACUGCACGUCAUCCUACAGCUGGCUCGGGCUAGUAAAGUGAUCCUGAUUUCCCUGUCUUCUCUCUCUCUCUCUCUCU